UUUUUUCAUGGCAACAGCUUGCGGAGCGGCAACCUUCCCCACUAUAAACACCCUCCGGCGCCAGAUUAACCGGCAUUUCGUCCUCGCAUUGCGUAACUCUCUAUGCCGGCUGUCGUUUAGUUUUAUUUAAUUCAGAAGUGUAUUUUUGAGAAGGUAAACACGGGAUAUGGUUGAUAAUAGAGCGCAGGCUUCACGUUCUGAGAGGCAGCAGGUUUAAAGAGCCUCGCAGGGGGCAGAGGGUUGUUCUGCUGGGCGUGAAUGACAGAAGGAAGACCGGGGAUCCGAUCGUUUUGCUAUGUGCCUCUUGUCUGUGAAUAAUGCACAGUGAUGGUGCCUUCUCAGACCCACGUGAUGCUCAAGUGGCAAGAGCACCUGAACAGCUCCUGGGCGGCGGAGGACAGCGUUCAGACUGCCACACGGCAUGGAGCGGCUGCUCUCUAUGCAAAGCUGCUCUAUAACAAGGAGGUUGUAGGCUUGGCCCAGCCGGUGCAAGACCUAAUGGGUCCACGCUUGCCAGACUUCCAGUAUGAAUCCAGCGCUGAGGAGGAGAAGGAGGAAUACCUAUCUGCGCUUCUCCACAGUCAGAGAUGCCUAGCUCACCGAAUGCUAGCAAGGACCCCCUUUGCCCUUUCCCUCCACCACAGGCUGGUGAUCCUCCAGAGGGUGUUCUACGCCCUACAUAGCAAAUAUCAUGACCGAUUCAGAGCACCACUACCUCCCCAGCCAUCAUCCUCCAGUGCUGAAGGGGGCGCCUUGGAGUCGGUGUCUGAGCCUUGGCCAACAGGCAGUUCCCGUUCCAAGACUGGCACUGAUGUCCUUAUCGAAAUGGGGGUCAGAACUGGGUUGAGUCUCCUUUUCGCACUUUUGAGGCAGAGUUGGCAGCGGGGUCGUCUUGAGAAUCCACCGGAUGUUGCGUUGUGUAAUGAGGUAUUGGCCACCGCAUCUUCAGUCCUGGCUGCCUUGCCUCCUCUUUCCUUGGCCAACGAGAACAAGAUACCAACGGUGGGGCUUGACUGUCUUGCGCAAGUUGGAGACUUCCUGAAGAAGACUGCGGUCAGUGGGUCUGGGGCGGAUCGGGCAGGUCGCAGGCUUGCCCUCGAGCUCCUCCUUUCGCUAGCAUUGCAAAGGGGGUCCUUGCGCUUCCUUCUGGAGUGGGUGGAGGUAGCAUUGGCCGCCUCUGCUUCUGCCAACACCUCUGAGACAGUUGGAGUGGGCUACGAGCUGAUUCAUCAAACCCUACAACAGAUGCGCCAGCACACGGCUGUUCGUGGUGAAUCUGUCAAUACUCAGGUGCUGAAGAAAGAUGGAGAUGGACUCUGCAGCCUCUCGCAUGUUGCUCUCUGCCUUUUCGAAGAGAUCUGCACUCUGGCCUCCAACUGCUUGUGCUCAUGCAGCACAGGCUCUUCCUCCGGCUCGGAGAACGAUACAGUCAUGGUGUAUGUGUGGGGCAGCAACAGCAGCCAUCAGCUCGCCGAGGGAACGCUGGAGAAGAUAUUACAGCCCAAACUGGCUCAGGGCUUCAGCGACGCACAAAUGAUUGAGGCAGGCCAGUACUGCACGUUCUCUGUGUCCGCGGAUGGGGCAGUGAAGGCUUGUGGGAAGGGUAGUUAUGGCCGGCUGGGACUUGGAGACUCUAAUAACCAGUCCUUGCCCAAGAAGCUGGUUCUGGAGCCUCCACGCACCAUGAGGAAAGUGUCGUCUUCUAAAGGGUCAGACGGACACACGCUGGCCGUCACGGCGGAGGGAGAGGUGUUCAGCUGGGGAGACGGAGAUUAUGGUAAACUGGGCCACGGGAACAGCGCCACACAGAAAUACCCCAAGAUUAUACAAGGCCCUCUGUUGGGAAAGGUGGUGGUGUGUGUGUCUGCUGGAUACAGACACAGCGCUGCAGUGACUAAUGAUGGAGAGCUGUACACCUGGGGGGAAGGAGACUUCGGUCGACUCGGUCACAGUGACAGUCACAGUCGCAAUGUGCCUACUCUCGUGAAGGACAUCAGCGGGGUCGGGCAGGUGGCCUGUGGAAGCUCACACACCAUCGCUGUGGCUCAGGAUGGACGAAUCGUCUGGUCAUUCGGAGGAGGGGACAAUGGUAAACUGGGACAUGGAGACACAAACCGUGUGUACAGGCCUAAAGUGAUAGAAGCCCUGCAUGGCUUCAUUAUUAGGAAAGUGUGUGCAGGGAGCCAGUCCUCACUGGCUUUGACAUCUGCUGGCCAGGUGUUUGCGUGGGGCUGCGGCUCAUGUCUCGGCUGUGGCUCAUCUGAAACCACGUCGCUCAGACCUCGACUGAUAGAAGAGCUCAGCAUCACUAAAAUCAUCGACAUUUCGUGUGGAGACAGCCAUUGUCUCGCUUUGUCUCACGAAAAUGAGGUGUUUGCUUGGGGCAACAAUGCCAUGGGCCAGUGUGGGCAGGGCCAUACCUCAACGCCUGUCACCAAACCCAAAAAGGUGAUUGGUCUAGAAGGAGUGUCAAUCCAGCAGAUCACAGCAGGCACCUCCCACAGCCUUGCCUGGACUGCUGUUCCUACAGACAGGCAGCUGGUGGCUUGGCACAGGCCGUUUUGUGUGGAUCUCGAGGAGAGCACCUUUACGUAUCUGCGCAGUUUUCUGGAGCGUUACUGCGACAGUAUCAGCGGAGACACACCACCUGCACCUUUCCCCUCUAAGAGGGAACAUCACCAGUUUGUGUUGUUGUGUAUGAAACUGUUGUCUAUCCACCUGUCACUGGCCCAUGCCGGCGGGACGGGGGCCACAGUUCUAGGUGCUCAGGGUCGGCCACUUAGGAACCUGCUCUUCAGACUCAUCGACUCCAAUGUACCAGAAUCCAUACAACAGGCAGUAAUGAGCACGCUGUCUAUGGGAGCAUCUCUGUUGCUGCCUCCUCUCAGGGAGAGAACGGAGCUGCUGCACUCGCUCUUACCUCAGGGCCCAGAGAGCUGGGAGAGCCUCUCUAAAGGACAGCGUCUGCAGCUGGAUAUGGUGCUGAACAGCCUGCAGGAACAGAGUCACGUGGCGUCUCUGUUGGGAUACAGCUCUCCUGGGGAGUUGAGCGCAGGUCUGGCACUGCCACCAACCCCUGACCGUCCUACUGGAAGCGUCAGCUCAAACUCAGAAUCUCCAGACCACCUUCACCUGGCCGAAGUCCUCUUGAAGACCUUACUGCUCAGCAUCGGUUUCUAUACGGAGCGUGCAUUUGGUGAACUGGAGAAGAACAGUGAUAAACAGCGGUUCAGUCAAUCCCAGAAGCAGACGGAGGCGCCAUCACACUUCCACCACCUGCUGUCAGCCCUUCACAGACACCUGCUGGCCCACUGCUACAUCCACACGGGCGCUGAGGAUGACAGCAGUGUGGUGCUGCUUCAUAAACACCUGUGUCUGCUGCUGCCGUACGCUGCUGAGACUUUCAGGAGAUCCACCAUUCUGCUGGAGGAGAGCACACUGGACAAACACGUCAUCAGCAAACUACACACGGUGCUGUUUGGUUCAGUGGCUGGCAGUCUGCUGUGUCAGGUGAUGUACUCUCUUCUUCUGCUGCCAUUGGCUGUGGUCAAACCUCUCCUUCCUCAUCUGCUCACUCUGCUUGAACAUCUCAAUGAGCUCAACUGUUAUCUGCCCAACACUGCACACCUAGAGGACAUGGAGCUGGAAGGAAACUUACAGGAACCAUCUGAAAUUUCUGAGCCAAUCGUGAUGGCAGAAUCGGAUGAUUGGGCGUGGCUUUUAGAUUUAGAGAGGUCUGUGGCUCUUGCUAUUGGCCGGUGUCUGGGAGGGAUGCUACAAGGCCCACCUCCAUCCAUCCAGGAGAAAACGACAGAGUUCUGGCUGUGUAACCCACUUCUGAGAAAUGGGCUGGAGGUUGACUUUGAACAGCUGGACUGGGCAAUGGGUUGGCUGACUGAGGCGGUGUUUAUGGGUUGUGGGGAUGUAAGACUAACCGAACUGCGCCUGUCAGAAGAAAACACAACACUGGUGGAACUAGCUCUCGGCUCUCCACGAGAACCUGCCAGCGCCCUCUGGAGAAAGAUGAAGGAGUAUGCAGCCACUAGAGACUGGGACAGUAGUGGAUCAGUGGGCGACUCUCUGUUAGAAAUGGCCUGUCGCUGUAGUUUGGCUGCUUUACUCAAACACACUGGCCUUCAUGAAGCCUACUGGCAGGACAAAUAUGAGCCCUGCGAGGUGCUGAUUGAAAUAUAUCAGGUGGUGUAUAAAAUCCGCAGCACGCUAGUGGCCUAUAAAGAGAGCAUAGGAAACACAACCAGUGUCCAAACAACGGCUUCCACCAAACAGGCUUCGUUAGGCUCUCAGAGUCCCAGUGAGGAGAGGCAGGAGGCAGGAAGUUCAGGAGAGCAGACGGGAAGAGAUGCUGAAUCCAGCAGUCAGACGCCCCAUGCAGCCGAACACAACCAGGACGAUCCCUUAGAGGAGGAGACACCCAGCAUCAGCAGUAUGUACCUGCCGGAAGUGCUGCAGUGUUUUCUGGCCACUCGUGAAGCCAUGCAGCUCCAGCAGAAUGAGACUGUGUACGAAUCGUCUGGCACCAGCACAUUACCCAGCAGCACCGAGAGCCCAGGAACGCCAGACAGAGAGCCUUCUCAGCGGCCCUGGGACCACCACAGCACCUCCGAUCAGGGCCUGCCCUUCCCUGCCGCCUGCCACCUGCUGGUGUCCCGCUGCCUCUUCCUGCUGCUGGGUGUCCGAGCUGCUUGGCAGGAGGAGAGCGUGUCUUCACAGACUCCCACUGAGAGCAGCUUGGCCAGAUCUCCACCCUACUAUGAAGCUUUAGGUGCAAAGAUGGAGUUGCAGUCCUCCUCUGAGAGAAGAUUUAGUGAGAGAGAGAUACCAGAUCAGUCUAAAAGCUCCUCAGGGUCUUUCAAGAAUAAAAUGGGUCUUCCUCUUUGCUCUUUGGGCAUCAUGAAAGAUGCUUGGGAACGGCUGCGCCAGUGCAUCAGUCCUACCACCGUGUUGUGCCCAGGCGGAGGAGGCACACCCAUCCUGGCACAGGUCUUCCAUUUCCUGUGUGGGAGCCUCCUGCGAACCUCCCCUCUGAUGGACAAAGAUGGAGGCACACACGCUGAUCCUAAAGCCAUCACCGUAGCCAUGGCACAGCAACACCAAAGAGCUCAGGUUCGUUUGGAGGCUUUGUGUCAGAUUUCCUCGUUCCUGUCAGAAAUGGAGGAAAAGAGUGUCGGCUCUCUAGCGCCUCCACGUUUUCCAGGCCUCCUGCAGUCGGUGCAGCUACAGUUCCUCUCGGGCUGCUUUGGUCUGGGAGCCCCGAUCACCGGCAGUUUAGCGGCUCCUAACAACAAAAUUCACCAUUACACCGCUGGGACUCAGUCGGCUCCUAUCAGUGUUCAGAGAGAGUUACAGUGUGCAGCUCAUAUGCUCUACCAGCAGCUGGUGCGUGUGCUCAGACAGAAGGUGGCACUAGAGAGAGAGCAGGCAGGUUCUUAUCAACACCUGCUGUUAGCCACAGUCUUCGCUCUCAAUUUCCACUAUCAGCCGGUGGAUCUGGUGGUGAUUAUUAAAUGUGGCGUCCUGGAGAUCUUGUCCACGUUGACUGAUAACACCUGUGUGCUGGUGAACCAGCGCUGGCUCGCGGCCUCCAUGUCCGGACACAUGCAGCUAGGUGGAGCCGUCAAACUGGCUGCUGCCAGACUCCUGCAGAUCUUCGCCAUCGCUGCCAGUUCCUGUGAAGAAGCCUUGCCGCUGGAUGUGUCUCAGGCACUCAUGGAUGUAAUGAGCGAGCAGCUGCAGGGGUUGUUACAUGCAGUUUACCAGCAGGAGGUGCUAGAGAGGAACUCUACAGAGAGCAUCCCAGAGGAAACACCAAAACAAGAAAGUGCAGAUGUGGUUCGCAGUAGCAGCAGCAGGGUUGUGGAGUCCCAGCUCGCUGAUUUUCUGGUCUUCCUAAGGCGUAUGUCACUAAGGGUCGCCAAAAGAGUGUCUGCUUUUGUCAAGUGGAUCGAUCCACUGAUGACAGUUAUCUCCUACAAAUGCAGCUCAGGAAAUCCACGUUUCUACAACCUGAGGACAAAGCUGCUGGCCUUCCACAUUCUAGAAGCUCUUCUGCCUGCCUGUGCGGACCCUGUCAUCAUGAAACAGAUUGUUGAACAAUUAUUUAGCCUUUUGGCCACGUACAUGUGGGAAGAACCCAUGGCUCUGAGGAAAGCUGUAGAUAGAGAGAGAACUGAAAGCUCUGAAAAGGAGAGUGGAAGUGAAGAUGAAUGUAUUCCCAUUGGUGAUUUCUCUUUUGAUCCACAUAAACUGAUCUGUUGUUCUCUGGAGAGUGGGAAUGUACUUUCUCAUGGGUCCGGCGGAAAAGGAUAUGGUUUGGCAACCACCGCAAUCACAUCUGGAUGCUUCAUCUGGAAGUUUUAUAUCACUAAGGAGAACAGAGGAAACGAGGGUACGUGUAUCGGAGUGUCCCGAUGGCCCAUCCGAGACUACAACCAUCGCACCACCACUGACAUGUGGCUGUACAGGGCCUACAGCGGCAGCCUGUAUCAUGGUGGAGAACUGGGUCGAGCCCUGCCCUCCUUCACACAGGGCGACACCAUCACCUGCAUCCUGGACAUGGAGGCUCGAACCAUCUCCUUCGCCAAGAACAACAGGGAGCCCAAGUUGGCGUUUGAAGGAGUGGACGCCACUGAGCUUUACCCGUGUGUUCUCUUCUACAGCAGUAACCCAGGAGAAAAGGUGGCGCUGUGUGAGCUGCAGAUGCGCGGAAUGCCCAGUGAUCUUCUGCCAGGAGAGCCCCUGUGCAGCCCGAGGGCCACUGUUCUGUUGGAGUCCACCAUUCAGCUGCUCAGGAGACUGUAUUUGAACGAUGACUGGCUUCAGCAUAUAAACCAGUACAUGCUAAAUAAACUACAGCUCAUCAACCCACUCAUGAGGGACGGACACGGCAAGAUAGGUCACGCCAGUAAGGAGUCUGAUGAGAAAUGUGGGCUGAACAGAGAGAGGGCUUCAGCUUGGGCAGACAUGGGCUCGUCCUCAGACCACCUCUCGGGCCCGGCGGGUCUCUCUGAUGCUCAGCUCAGCGUCCUGUGCUGUGAGGUCUGGCCUGUCAUGGCUCUUAUCGGAGGGGUGGACAGUGGCCUUCGUGCUGGAGGAACCUGCCUGCACAAAUCCAGUGGCCGACGGGCCACAUUACUCGGGGUCUUGAAAGAGGGAAGCCCCCUGGCUAAACUGCAGUGGGAGGAGACGGACUUUACUGUGAGCGACACUCCUCUGUCCUCCCUGGAGCCAUGUGAUGUCCCGCAGAUGGACAUGUCCCGCUGCCGUGGCCUCAAACCCUCCGUGUUGUUCGACCUCAUCCUGAUGACCGGAAUAUUGGAAGAACAGGAGCCCCCCUCUGCGUCAUCCGGGAUCCCGAGAAACCGGAUCAGCUCAGAAGGCGGCCCACGUAACGAAUUGGAGAGACGCUUGGAUGAGGACAUUGCUCGUAUUAUGAUGGACGAGGAUUGCGUGAGCUGUCCGGUGGAUGAGGAUCGAAAUAAGGUUGAGGACAGAAGAGAUGAGAACCAAGAGGACACGUUAGGACCGCUUAUACAGUCCACCGAAUCCCCAUGUGCACCAAUCCUCACGCCCCAACCGAGAGCGGACUUCUUUGCAUUGGAACUACGCGCAGUUCGCAUUUCCUACCUCCUGUUGGGGGCGCUAAAAUCCCUGGCUGUCAUUUUGAGCUGCGGAAAGUUCACUGAUCUUCUCCUGGUUCCCAAAUCAGACCCUGGGGUGAAUUUAACGAGCCCUGACCCAGCGAGGACCUCUGCUGGUGGGGAGGAGAAUGCUGAGCUGCGCUCUGUGCUGCAGUUUGUGGUUCGGAGCAUGGUGAAAUGGGCCGUCAGACCCUGUCCCAUCAAACAGGCCAUGGCUUUAUCUGACCUGGAGAGGGCCCAGAUCAUCAUCUUUAAAGGAGCGCUGAGCAGACUGCAAGAGGACGGGAGCAAAGAGCACAAAGAUUCUGGAGCUCACUCUUCCUCUCAGCCAGUGUCCAAGUCCUCCAGUUCAGUCUCUCUUUACAGCAACGGCUCUGAGGGCAUUGCCAUUUUCGGCCAAUCAGCUUCACCCUCCACCAAUGACCUCACAACCUCUCUCCUUACUGCCCUGCAGGCGGAUGGACUGGAGAACUUCAACCCGUUCCUGCCCAUCAACCUGCUGCAGCGGAUGGUUCUGGCUCGUUUUCCCACACUGGCAGGUCUGGUCCACAGUCCGGUUCUUCCUCCGGGCCUCAGUCUGACCAGCUCUGCAUCCUGUGAGGGCUUCACUGAGCAGCAGACCAGCUUUUUGGAGCCCUGUGGUCAGACCAGGACCCCCGUGGAACAGCCCCAAAUGUUUGUCCCAGUUCGAUUGCUUGAAAUGGGCUUCUCAAUGAGACACAUCUACAGGGCCAUGGAGGCGGCAGGAGUGACGGGUGAGGUGGACUCACGCACCAUUGAGGUGUUGGCGAGCUGGAUGCUGGAGCAUCCCAUCGCAGAGGAGCAGCAGACGGGAGAGGGUUCAUCUGCAGGGGGUGCCACCGAUACACCCUCAUCUGAAGGGCCUGAGACGGUCCAGUGCCCUGAGUCUCCUGCGCCUCUCACCCUGCAGGAUAGUCGAGAACCCAAUGAGAGUCUAUUAGCAGGUUUGGACCUGGUGGAGAGAGAGAACUUUUUAGAUGUUCACCUCACCAGAAACAGACCUCCACCUGCUCGGAGGCAGCGGUCUGGAGUAGGACAAAGAACGUCUUUCAGGAGAGCAGACUCCCCGUCACCCAGUCCUGUCCCAGCGCUGUACAGACAGGAGGUUGGAGUGGCGGAGUGGCCGGAGCGGGCUGAAACACACCCGUUUGCUGCUGAAGAAGACUCUGAGCUGGGCUACAUGGAUGAUCCGUACCAGGAGGAGCCCUACGAGGAGCUGCUCACCCCAGAGUUCAUCACCUCUGAGAGGGACACACUCUGGAUGGUAGAGGGAAGAGAAGAGCACCCAGAACCCCAUGAGAUGGUGGAGUGUGAAUUAUGUAACACACUCACCCUGCAGUUCAACAACCACAUGAAGCGCCAUCACCCAGGCUGUGGUCAGAGUGCCGGGCGCAGAGGUUACCGCAGCAAUGGGGCCUAUGUGGACGGCUGGUUUGGUGGUGAAUGUGGAUCCGGCAGUCCAUACUAUCUUCUAUGCAGUACAUGCAGGGAAAAGUAUCUGGCCUUAAACAUGGGUGUUAUGAGCUCCAAACAGGACAGGGCAAAAGGUUUGGCGUCUGAUCUGAUUGGUCAAUUAGAUGGCACAUCAGAAGAUGAGUGGGAUCCAGUAAACCAGGAAGACUCCGACUCAGAACGGCUCACAGGUUUGGAGGAUUUCGGGAUUCUCCUGAGGCCUUUGGGUCUGAGUGAGAAGAAGCCUGUGCCUGAACCCAUUCCCUUCAUUGAGCACGACCCACUUGGAGCCCUCGUGAGUGGAGCAGGCAGUGGAGGAGAAAACCUGCUCUACAGAGGUGUUGUGAGCACUGAGCUGAAGAGCUCCUCUGCUCCUCUGAGUCUCGGCGAGCAGGCGGCAUCUCUCCGUGAGCCCCAGGAGAGGCUGUUGGCCCUGAGGAGAGUCACGUCCACCGCUCAGAUCCUGCUGGCUUACAGUAUGGUGAUGAGAGCUCUCUCCCAGACCUCCUCCAGUAGUUCAGUGUGUAAUCAGUCCAGUGGUCUGGAGGCUCUGGGUUUGGCUGACAUCCGCAUCCUAGUGCGUCUGAUGUGUCUGGCCGCAGGGGGGCGUGCCCAAACAGGCAUGGACCAGCAGGGAAUGGGGCGUGGCUCUGUGAGCGACCGCACAGGCUCCGCCUUUCUGUCCUUCCUCAGCUCAGCCAUUGGCAGUUUAGUGUCGCACAGUCCUGCUGCCUACCGAGAGUUGGUGGACAUCUGCACACAGGACCUCAUGGCAGCAGCUACAGGGAUGAACAUCAGUGCUAUUGCUGAUCCACAGCAGAGGACGAGACAAGGCCCUGCGCUCAAGGGGGCAGUCUUACAGGAGCCAAGAGAACUGACUCCGCCCACAUUCCUGGUCACACAGAGCCUGGUGUCGCUCCUGACGGAAAAAGGCAUUCGUUACCGCUACAGUGUGGAGAGAAGCGAAUCCAUUGAAUCAAAGGAUGGAGGAAGUCCUCCACCCUCAGGUCCUCCUCUGUCUCAGGCGGGGGUUCGGGUUGGUCCACUUGAGCUGGCAAAUGCGCUUGCGGCCUGUGUGCUGUCAGCCAGACUGACCUCCAGACACCGUCAGUGGGCAGCACAGCAGCUGGUGCAGGCGCUGGCCAUCUCUGAGAAAGACAACACCGCCAGACCACAAACCUACAGCGACAUGGCUGGAGAUCUGCGCAAGUGCCCUGUCAGGAAGCUGGAAGGACAUCAGAACAGGGUGAGCAGCUGCUGCUGGAAUGCAGAACAGGGUCUGUUGGCAAGUGGCUCUCAGGACGGCACCGUUCGGCUCUGGAACAUAACACCAAACUCAGCAGAACUGCAGCACACACACACCUGCAGUAUCAGUGAAGACGCUCAGAGCUCUGAUGCUUCAAUGGGGUCUCAUCUGCUGUCUGCUGUGUCGUGGAGCGCAGGGGGGACUUUACUGGCUGCCUUCCAGAACAAACUGAUCAACAUCUGGACCGUCAAUGGUACUCAGGCACAUAUAGAGGCUCAGUCGUCCUGGAUUACGGCACUCUCGUGGGUCCAAACGUCCACACCGUUCCUCAUCCAGGAAGCCAGCAGUCAGCUCAACCCUCCAGAGAGUCUGCUGGUGGGUCGACUGGAUGGCUCUCUCUGCUGGCUGGAGGUCACUGAAGAUCUGAGGGUGGACCGGACGGAGCUCAUGCACUGCCACAGGAAAGAGGCACCUCAAUGUCUGGCCUGGUACAGUAUUGAGAAACCCUUCGCCGUGGGCUAUCCUGAUGGUAAAAUACUGCUGGGCACAGCAGAGAGCUUCGAAACCGACCCGCCGAUUCUGUUGACUGCAUUUCCUGAGAGUGUGAGUGCUCUCAGAUGGGAUCCUACAGGUCAUCUGCUGCUGUCUGUCGGCCGCUCAGAGGUGGUGAAGAUCUGGGGUCGAGCCAGCGGCGCGUGGGUCACCCUUCACUCUCUGUUUCACACAGGCACCGUCAACACAGCUGAAUGGUGCCCUCUGCCCGGGAGAGGAGCGGACCCUCGGCUCAUGAUGGCAGUCGGAUGUCAAAAUGGCCUCCUGUAUGUGUGGACUGUUCCUCAAGGGGGCGCCAAUGUCUCAGUGCCCAAUUUCCUCACUCCAUCCACCAGCCAAGACAAGAGCAGUGCAAUCAAGCGGGGCACUGCUAAGUGCAUGUUCAGACUGAGUGGACACAUUACAGCGGUAAAAACGCUGUCAUUUUGCCCUAGUGGUCUUGCUUUGGUGUCUGGGGGAAUCGGAGGACUGCUUAACAUCUGGUCUCUCAGGGAUGGUUCAGUCCUGCAGACUGUGGUUACAGGAAUGGGCUCUGUGGUUUGUACCACUUGGAUACCUCAUAUAGGGGUGACUGCUUGCUCUGGAAGAUCAAAGGAUGUCUUGCUAAUUCGUUGUACCUCAGACUGGAUCUCUCAGAAUCACAUUCUGGCCUCCUGCCGUUCGGUUCUACGCAGUCAGGGCAUUCUGGGAUUGAAUCGUGCCCCCUGCAUGGCUGUUUUUCUCGAGCGCCUUCCCACACUGCUUCAGGAACAGUACAGCUAUGAAAAGAGUCACGUGAUGGCUGGCGAUCAGUUGACCCACAGUGCUUUUCUUCAGAGUCUGUCCUCUCUGGCUAUGGGUCUGUUCUUGGAUCAGUUACUGUGUCGUCAACCCAGACCCCCUCACCACAGCGGGAUGGGCCCGGUUCAGGAUGGGGCUCAUGGAUCCUUCUGUCCCUCUGAGUGGAACUGGCUAUCUACCUAUUCAACCACAGUGAAGAGCGCAGAGGCAUUUGCUCGUGGCACACCCUUCCCAGAAGCCUUCAUCGCACCUGAGUUUCAUCAUCCUGGAGCUGCUGAGUUCACCAAAUCACUAGACAACAGUAAAUGGACCUUCAUGAUGGAUGAGCAGCUCAUGUCGUGGGCAACUAGCAGGCCUGAAGACUGGCAGCAGGGUGGUAAAAGUGAGGUAUACCUGUGGGGUAACGGCCGCCACGGGCAGCUGGCGGAUGCUGGAACCAGUGCAUCUGUGCCCACACUGGCGCCCUCACUCUCUCAGACACAACAGGUCGUGUGCGGUCAGAACUGCACGUUCCUGGUUCAGGCUAACGGUACGGUUCUGGCUGUUGGAGAGGGCAGUUAUGGGCGGCUUGGACAGGGUAAUUCAGAUGACCUGUACACCCCUACUAUCAUCUCAGCUUUACAAGGUUAUGUUGUGACGCAGCUGGUGACAUCAUACGGGUCAGACGGCCACUCACUGGCUCUCACCGAGACUGGAGAGGUGUUCAGCUGGGGCGACGGGGAUUAUGGCAAACUCGGCCACGGCAACAGUGAAAGACAAAGACGACCCAAACAGAUCGAGGGUCUGCAGGGAGAGGAAGUGGUGCAGCUGGCAUGUGGCUUCAAACACUCAGCCGUCGUCACAGCGGAUGGAAAACUCUUCACUUUCGGCAGUGGAGAUUCAGGACGUUUGGGCCAGAGAUCCACUUCCAACAAGAUGAUCCCGGAGAGAGUCACAGCACUAGACGGACACCACAUUGGACAGGUGUCAUGUGGCAUCAAUCACACUCUGGUCCUGUCAUCAGAUGGCCUGACCGUCUGGGCUUUUGGAGACGGUGACUAUGGUAAACUGGGUAUUGGACCAUGUACAGUGAAGUGCUACCCACAGAAAGUGGAGUCUCUUUGCAAUAAAGGCAUCAAAAAGGUUGGAUGUGGAACGCAUUUCUCAGUGGUUCUAGCCAAAGACGGUCACAUCUACACAUUUGGCCAAGAGCGCCUCAUUGGUCUACCCGAUGCCAUGCUGAAGAAUCACAACCGGCCACAAGUCAUUCCAGCUCUGGAGGGAGUCUUCAUUGAGGACAUCGCUGUGGGCUGUGAACACAUCCUGGCUUUGUCCAACACUGGAGACGUCUACGCCUGGGGCUGCAACUGUGAGGCCCAGCUGGGUUUGGGCCACUCCAAUCCGGUCAAAGAGCCCAUUCUGGUCACAACUCUGCAGGGCAAGAACAUCAGGCAGAUUUCUGCUGGACGCUGCCAUUCAUCAGCCUGGACCACGCCGGCUCUGUCCACCAGAGCUUCAGGUUGUUCAGGGAUUCAGCUGGGUUUGCCCCAGUCUGUGCCUCCGCAGUAUAACGCCCUUAAAGACUGCAGUCCUGAAGUUCUAAACACCCGUCUCCGAGUGCUCUACCACUUCUCUGAUCUCAUGUAUAAGUCCUGGAGGCUUCUGAACCUCGACCCUCGCAGCCAGGUCAGUACCUCUCGCUACAGCUCAGGAACGACCGCCAUAGUACAGGGUCAACUCAGAGGCCUGCUGUCCCCGAAAGUCAACACCCUCCCUCUCGUUCGCACUAUCGGCAGAACCAUGACCCAGGGAAAGACCUACGGCCCUCAGAUUACAGUCAAACGCAUCUCCACCAGGGGGCGCUCUAGCAAGCCCAUAUUCGUGCAGAUCGCCAAGCAGGUGGUGAACCUGAACCCCACAGAACUUCGUCUGCCCUCCAGAGCAUGGAAGGUGAAGCUGGUUGGAGAAGGGGCGGAUGAUGCGGGUGGUGUGUUUGACGACACCAUCACUGAGAUGUGCCAGGAGUUGCAGUCUGGUGUGGUCGACCUUCUUAUUCACACUCCUAACAGCUCCGCAGAUGUCGGUAGUAACACCGACAGGUUCUUGCUGAACCCAGGGGCCGUCUCGGAUGAUCACAUAGUGCAGUUCCGCUUCUUGGGGAUCCUAAUGGCGGUGGCCAUCCGAACCAAAAAGCCCUUAGACCUGCACCUGGCGCCGUGGGUCUGGAAGCAGAUGUGCUGUAUUCCACUGGGAGCCGCUGACCUGGAGGAGGUGGAUCUGCUCACGUACCGCUCUCUUCAGGGCAUCUUACACCUGGACAGCAGCGUGAUCAAUGAAGAAAACUUCACAGUGAUGAUCCCUCUGGACUCGUUUGUGGCUCACAGUGCUGACGGUACGCUGGUUCCAGUGAUUCCUGGUGGGCACAACCUGCCUCUCACUUUCUCCAACAGGAAUGAUUAUGUGGAGAGAGCUCUGCAUUACAGACUGCAUGAGAUGGACAGACAGGUGUCAGCGGUGCGGGAGGGCAUGUCCUCCAUCAUCCCGGUUCCUCUGCUCUCCCUCCUCACGGCUCGACAGCUGGAGCAGCUGGUUUGUGGCCUGCCUGAGGUCUCGGUGGAGAUGCUGAAGAAGGUGGUCCGGUACCGGGACAUCACUGACAGCCACCAGCUCAUUGGCUGGCUGUGGCAGAGCCUGGAGGAAUUCACCAAUGAGGAGAGAGUCCUGUUCCUGCGCUUCGUCUCUGGACGCUCCAGACUGCCAUCCAAUCCAGCAGACAUCACUCAGAAGUUUCAGAUCAUUAAAGUUGAUCGGCCUGUGAAUGGCCUUCCUACAGCCCAGACGUGCUUCUUCCAGCUCCGGCUUCCCCCCUACACAAGCCAGGCCAUUCUAGCCGAACGCCUGCGCUACUCCAUACACAACUGUCCCUCCAUCGACAUGGACAACUACAUGCUGUCACGCAACACCGACCCGGCGGACACCUCUGACACUGAAUACUGACCCGCAAAAAAAACAAAGCACAAAAUAACAAGCUUAUAGAAGCCUGCGGUUGUACUUCCUCCACACACAUGCAAUACAAUUCUCAGUCGCAAAAGCCUCACUUGUAUUCUCUGCAGUACCCAGAAUGCACUGCAGGCGUCAGUUCUUCCACCAGGUCAAAGGGGGAUUAUUUGAGCAAUUUAGGUGUUUAUUCAAUUUUGUGUCAUGUUCAUGUUUCUGAAUGUUCCUCAAACUCUAUAUUACACCAUUACAAGGUCUGUGCCUGGAAUGGUCGCGCAGUUUCUCUUGGCGUUAGGGACAGAAACUGGGGUCGGUUUAUAGGUGAGCACUCGGCAGCUAGCUUUCUGCCCCGGUUUAUGCCAAAGGCUUUUAAACUACUGUACUGUACAUGAUACCUUCUGACUCAGUGAGGAAAAAAACAACAAAACAAACAAAGUAUUGUGCGUCUGAAAGAUUUGAGCCUCAAAGCAAUCGACGUUAGGCUGCUGGGCGUUUGUAUCAAGCUAGCUGGUAUCUUACAUGAAUGUAUACUUGCAAAUGCCAUGCACGUGUGCACUCAAACCUACUUUUAUUUGCCAAAUAACUGUACACUAAAUAGGGUUUAAAGGGUUGGUUCGGUAACAUGAAAAACUCUUUCAUUUACUCACAUUAAUGUUGUUCCAAACAUAAGAAGUGAAGACUUGUGUAUUAAAAUCGGUGAGAUUUCGGACCCUCUAUUGAAUAGUCCUGAAAUUCUUGAUGCUUCAGAAAACUUUUUUUGAAGAGAGAAUUUUAUUUAGGCUCUUAUAUAUAAAUAUUAAAUAAUAUAAUAUAAUAAUAAUAUUAAAUAAUAUAUAAAUAUUGACCAAUGAGCAAUGUUUGCAUUCAGAUUUGGUCACGGGAGCUCAGUCAUGCUUGCUUGAUGUGGGAGAACCAAUGAGAUUCAUUCUCACGCAUCACAUGGCACAUUAUAGGUUUGUUUUUGUACAUUUUAAGCUUGCUAAUCCUAAACUAUUAUUAUUUUUCAUUAUAUAAAAGCAUCUAUGUCAUAUUCAUAGGGAUUUUGAAGUGUUUGUUUUGGGUGAACACAUAGAAAUCUCUCAAUUUUGAUUGAAAAACGUCUUUCUUAUAUAUUUGGAAAAUAAUGACGGUGAUUAAAUGAUAGAAUUUUCAUUUUUGGCUAACCCUUCAUUGAAUUUUAGCCUUUUUUUGCAACUGUGAAGCAGCGCGUGUGGAGACGUGUGGUGAUUUUUGUGUUUGCGCAUUCUCACAGAGCGGGAGUGCUGGUUUGUUUUGCUAUGCUGAUCGAUCAUCAGUGUUAUUACGUGUUUUUCAGGCUUGUAUGCCUCAGUGCUGGAUGUAAAACAUGUUUUGACUGUUUUUACUCACACGAUGAACGCGUGUUUGACAGAGGAGAGACUCCUCUUUACUCUAGAAGCUUUGAUGACUUCUGUAUGCAGUGGUUUACAUUAUUGCUAAGUUAUUAUUAUUUUUUUUGUCCUGAAAAUAUUUAUCUGAGUGAGCUUUUUGUGUCGGAAUGGAGAAGGACGAGGACUAAUGUGGCUGUUGCGCUGUUUUGCACUUUAGACCUGUAUGCAUUGCGCUUAAGUAUAAGAGGAAAAUCUUAUUUACUAUAAUAUUUACAGAUUUCAGACUCUUUAUCUAGAGAUUCUCUUAACCCGAGCCACUACUGAUAUACAGUAAAUAAUUGUUUUUGUUGAAAUAUUGAAUCUCGACAAUGAAAGAAUUUAAGGUUAAUUCAUUAGGCUACAAUGUGAUGGUAUUUCACAAACCUCAAAUUACAAAUUAAGCCAUAAAACAAGAAAAUCUCCAUAAACUGUAUGAUAUCUCUGGGCGAUGGCCUCUCAGAUGGAAGAUGCACUGUACUGUAAAUUAAAUUUUGUGUAUAGA